GUGUUCCCAACGUCAGCGACGCCACCGCCACCGCCAUGCCAGGGAUGAUGACGAGAGGCCAGCGCCGGGCCUUGGGCAUCGCGUCCCAGCCACAGUGGCCAGCGGACCGUGCCGACGCCUUGAUGGACGAGCUCGAAGAGCUGAUUGACCAAGAUGCUACGUACUCGUCCGACGAUGAAGACUCGACCGUGGACAUGGACGCGGACGAGAGCAGCGACGACGAGAGCGACGAUGGCGAUGUGGGCCUCUCUCCGCUGCAAUGGGCCAACGACAUUCCCGUGCCCAAGCCCGCGCGGUCGGCGGCGCGACGUACUGCAGACACGCGGUCCUGGCUGCGGCUCUUGCUCGAAAACGUGUUUUGGUCGACCAUUGGCGGUGCGACGCUACUGCCGCUACUGCUGUACCGCUGCCUCUACGCACCGUAUUGGCCGCUGCGGUGUCGAUCUAUCUUUUCGUUCCUCUGGACGGUCCUCCUCAACUGGGUUGCGCUCGGUCUGGUUGCGUCCCUGGCCUUUGCCAGCGCCUGCGACGCCCAAGGCUUCCUCGCAGGGCGUCUCUUCAAGUGGCCACCGAGCGUAGCCGCCAUUGAGGCUUGUAUCGCCGAACACAAUGUCAUGGAGCUCCUCGCGCCGUGCCUCGCCUCGCAGUCACUAGCGUGCUUGCCCCUCGACGGCGUGUCGCUAGCGUCGGUGUACACGCCACUGCUGCAAGCGCUGCUAGCGCUGCUCGUCCUGCUUUUGCUGGGCCUCCGCUUCUACUCGAGCCGUGUGAAAGCCAUUCUCUUUCUCCUCUUUGCCGGCCACCACGGCUGGAAGAAGCUGGAUGGGUUCACAGCGCGGUCGUCGUCGGCGUUGACAGGCCUCGAGCCGUCGUUUGCAUAUGCCAACGAGCCCAUCUCGGUGCUCUUGGACGGCUACGGGCUGCACGAAGGCGCGUACGUGGGCUGGAUCCCGUACUGGGCGUGUGGCAAGGACCAGACGGCGUGUCCCGUCGAGUCUGUGACCCGGCUCCACCACGGCAGCGUCGCCGUGACGUUUGCGACGGUCGACGAGUACAUCCCGUGCUACUAUCGUGCCCCGGUGCACGAGAACCACGACGAGCUCCGCAUGCAAAACCUCGCGUCGCACGUGUACACGUGCUUCCACGAGCUCCGUCUUGUGGUCAAGGACCGGAAGAGCCAGCCGGGGUGGUCGCUCCAUGCCCACGAGUUAUAAUUCUGUAAUCUCUCCGUCUGCCCCUGUUCAAGUUGUUACGAAUCUGAGUUUGGUACUCUCUCAACAACUCUGCCAUAAGCAACGUUGAAGCGUCGCCAGCGUUAAUUGGGUAUAUUGUACAUACUAGAGUCGACGUGGUCUCAACGCCGCCCGCCGGGCAUGACGCGGCCAACCUUGGGCACAGCCUUCUUGCCAAUCAGCGAGUCUUUCUUGACUGGG